GUCAGUAGUUGCUUGUUAGUGGCCGAGUGUUUGUGUUUCUUUAUUAAUUGUUAUUGUUAUUACUCAUUUCUAACUAUUGAUAAGAUUAUUAUGCUGAAGCAAGCUCCCUACACCACAGCCGCCGUGACAGCGGGCGUUAUAGGCAGUGCCUACUUCGUCUACUCCAUCUACCAGAACCGAAAGAGGUUACCGACGGAGUGGACGCAAGUCGGUACCCUGGAGAAUAUGUACGCGUACCCGAUCAAGUCGUGUGGGGGCGUUGUCAUGGAGACGGCUAUGUGCGCGACGUUGGGGCUACAGGACGGCUGGUUAAGGGACAGAGUGCUCAUGGUUGUAGACGAGAACGGCAACUUCGUGACGGCCAGGAACUACCCAGAGCUACUCCUGGUGCAACCCAGCGUGCGGAACUCCAUCCUCACCCUGAAGCACCGCGAUAUGGAGCCCGUCUAUGUCAACUUAGCAGAGGUGGUUGCGUUGCAGAGCCCCAAAUCAGCGGUGGUGUGGGGAGUGACGGUGCCUGUGCUCGACUGCGGGUGGGAGGUCUCCGAAUGGUUUUCUAGACUAUUGGACAUGUCCGCGAUCAACUUCCGCUUAGUUUACUACGCGACGCAAAAGCCGAGGAAGUUGAACCUUAUGGGGAACACGUUUUACAAGUUCACCAAGAAUGACACGGGAGCGCUCACGGACGAGACCUCGUACCACUUAAUCAACGCUGCCUCCGUUACCGACCUCAACGCCCGUCUGCAGUCCUGUCAGGUCACUCACCACACAUUCCGGCCAAACUUCGUGGUACAGGGCCCGCAGCCGUAUGAGGAGGAUCGUUGGCGGUUCCUUAAGAUUGGAGAUAAUGUGUUUGAAGUCAUCAAGCCGUGUUUUAGAUGUACAUUGACAACAAUCGACCCGGAGACAGGAGUGAGGAGAGAGGAACGGGAGCCAUUAGAGACUUUGAAAACCUACCGCCAAAUCUUGGAUUCUGAAGAACGCCGCGCAUCUGGCAACGCUCCCCGCAUGGGACUACAGCUGGCGCUCCGCUCCGGACACGGACCAGUCUCCAUCCAUGACCCUGUGUUCGCCGCGUGACCUUUGUCCCAAGACUAGUACAGUCUGCUGUUAACUCUCACAGCUGGGACAGUGCAUUCCUUCACAAGUUUGUGUUCGCUGUUGCUUUGUCUUAUGACAAGCUCAAAAUAAUUCACGUGCACUCUGAAGAACGCCGCGCAUCCAGUAACGCUCCCCGCAUGGCGGACUUGGACCAGUCCCUCUCCACGACACUGUUUUCGCCCGUGACCUUUGU